GAUGACUCGACAUCCGUGCCAGUUAGCGGACUUAUUUCCUGGCAGACGAGUUGCGACUUGCGAUCUCUUCUUUUUUGCUGUUUUUCCUUCAAAAUUGGUUCAGUAGAUGUUUUAAAUCGAAAUAAUUUGGAAAUUUGAGAAUUCUAUUGCUGAGAGAAUAUCUUUCGAGCUGUCAGAAUGGCACAGGGUGGCCAGUUAAUUCCCAUACGGUUUCAAGAGCAUGCACAGCUCCAAAAUGUGGGCAUCAAUGCCGCGAACAUUGGUUUCACCACGCUCACCAUGGAGUCAGACCGGUUUAUCUGUGUCCGGGAAAAGGUGGGAGAUUCAGCGCAAGUCGUCAUUAUCGACAUGGCUGACCCCACCAAUCCCAUCCGCAAACCGAUCACGGCGGAUUCAGCCAUCAUGAACCCGGCCAGCAAAGUCAUCGCUCUAAAAUCCGGAAGAACGCUACAAAUCUUUAACAUCGAAAUGAAGUCAAAGAUGAAGGCGCACAACAUGCCCGAGGAUGUUGUGUUCUGGAAAUGGAUCAACUUGAACACCGUGGCAUUAGUCACGGAAACCGCUGUUUUUCACUGGGGUAUGGAAGGCGAUUCCGCGCCGGCAAAAAUGUUUGACCGACAUCCUAACCUGGCUGGAAAUCAGAUUAUCAAUUACCGGGUGGAUCACAGCCUGAAAUGGCUUCUCCUAAUUGGCAUUGCGGCGCAGCAAAAUCGUGUCAUUGGAUCCAUGCAAUUAUAUUCCGUUGAGCGCCGGGUGAGUCAGCCAAUUGAAGGACAUGCAGCAUCUUUUGCGCGGUUCAAAUUGGACGGAAACGCGGAAGCAUCGAAUUUGUUCAGCUUUGCCGUACGACCGGCGAAUGCGCAAGGCAAUACGGGAAAACUCCACAUUAUCGAAGUCGGUACUCCUCCUCAAGGAAACCAACCAUAUCCGAAGAAAGCUGUCGACAUCUUUUUUGCUCCGGAAGCGGCCAAUGAUUUUCCUGUGGCUAUGCAGACUAGCCAAAAAUACGGCGUUGUCUUCAUGAUCACGAAGUACGGCUAUGUCCACAUGUACGACCUUGAAACGGGCACCUGUAUCUACAUGAAUCGCAUCAGUAGCGAGACCAUCUUUGUCACGGCGCCUCACGACGCCACGUCAGGCAUUAUGGGCGUCAACCGAAAAGGCCAGGUGUUGUCCGUGAGUGUCGAUGACGACAGCAUUGUUCCAUACAUUAGUCAACAGCUGAGCAAUCAGGACUUGGCACUACGUUUUGCUGCCAGGAAUAAUUUGGGUGGAGCGGAGGAUCUUAUGUCCACCAGAUUUAACACCUUGUUCAGUCAAGGAAAUUAUGCCGAAGCUGCUAAGGUGGCCGCUGGUGCCCCUCAGGGAGUAUUGCGUACUCCACAAACCAUUCAGCGGUUUCAACAAGUCCCCACGCAGCCAGGUCAGACAGCGCCUCUGCUGCAGUACUUUGGAAUUCUCCUGGAUCAGGGCAAAUUAAACAAAUAUGAAUCCUUGGAGCUCUGCCGACCAGUUUUGGGCCAAGGGCGGAAGCAGUUGUUGGAGAAAUGGCUGAAGGAAGAGAAGCUGGAAUGCAGUGAGGAACUGGGAGAUCUCGUUAAACCUCAUGACGCUACCAUGGCUUUAUCCAUUUAUCUACGAGCCAAUGUUCCCGCUAAAGUGGUGCAGUGUUUUGCUGAGACAGGACAGUUUCAGAAGAUUGUUCUGUAUGCCAAGAAAGUUGGGUACACACCGGAUUAUAUUUUCAUCCUUCGUCACAUCAUGCGCACAAAUCCUGAUCAGGGUGUUGCAUUUGCUAAGCUUUUGGUGCAGGAUGAAGAGCCGUUGGCCGACAUUAAUCAGAUCGUGGAUGUUUUUAUGGAGCAAAAUAUGGUCCAGCAAUGUACAGCUUUCCUAUUGGAGGCUUUGAAAAAUAAUCGGCCGUCGGAAGGUAGUCUUCAAACGCGCUUGUUGGAGAUGAAUUUGUUGGCUGCUCCUCAAGUGGCCGAUGCCAUUUUGGGAAAUCAAAUGUUUUCCCACUACGAUCGAGCCCAUAUUGCCCAGUUAUGCGAGAAGUCUGGACUGCUGCAGCGAGCUCUUGAACAUUACACGGAUUUGUACGAUAUCAAACGGGCCAUUGUUCACACGCAUCUCCUAAACGCUGAGUGGGUUAUUCAGUAUUUCGGUUCGCUGUCUGUCGAAGAUUCAAUGGAAUGUCUGAAGGCCAUGUUAACGCAUGGCAUACGACAAAAUCUACAGAUCGUUGUCCAAGUGGCUACCAAGUACCAUGAACAGCUGGGAACAGAGAACCUUAUUGAAAUGUUUGAAUCGUUCAAGAGCUUUGAGGGAUUGUACUACUUCUUGGGAUCUAUUGUAAACUUCAGUCAGGAUCCCGAAGUUCAUUUUAAAUAUAUUCAGGCUGCGUGCAAGACGAAUCAAGUGAAAGAAGUCGAACGCAUCUGCCGGGAAAGCAAUUGUUAUGAACCGGAACGUGUGAAGAAUUUCCUGAAGGAACAGAAACUGACUGAUCAGUUGCCGCUUAUCAUUGUUUGCGAUCGUUUUGAUUUCGUGCAUGAUUUGGUGCUGUAUCUGUACCGCAACAAUUAUGCGAAAUAUAUUGAAAUCUACGUGCAGAAGGUAAACCCUUCGCGUCUUCCGGCUGUGGUUGGUGGUUUGUUAGAUGUGGACUGUUCUGAUGAUACAAUCAAAAGUUUGAUCAUGUCUGUGCGAGGACAGUUUUCUACUGAUGAGUUAGUGGCUGAACUGGAAAAGCGAAUCGGUAAAGUUGGCGAAUGUUGAACUUUUGAGGAAUCGUGUCAUUUCUAUACGUCCGUUGCUUUUAGUCUUAAGCUGUUGUUGCCUUGGCUGGAAAUGCGCGUCCAUGAAGGCAGUACAGAACCGGCAACGCACAAUGCCCUGGCCAAGAUUUACAUUGACGGAAAUAAUAAUGCUGAACGCUUCUUGAAGGAAAAUCCAUUUUAUGACAGUCGGGUGGUUGGUAAAUACUGUGAGAAACGGGACCCCCAUUUGGCCUGCGUGGCAUAUGAACGUGGUCUUUGUGAUGCGGAACUGAUCCGUGUGUGCAAUGAGAAUUCCCUGUUUAAGUUCGAAGCGCGCUACUUGGUGCGUCGCAAAGAUCCAAAUCUGUGGGCUGAAGUGCUGAACCCGGCGAACCAGUACCGUCGGCAGAUGAUUGAUCAGGUCGUACAGACCGCGUUAUCCGAAACACAAGAUCCCGAUGAGAUUUCGGUUACAGUCAAAGCGUUCAUGACAGCCGACCUGCCCAAUGAAUUGAUUGAAUUAUUAGAAAAGAUCGUUCUGGAUAACUCGGUUUUUAGUGAACACAGAAAUCUCCAGAAUUUGCUUAUUCUUACUGCAAUCAAAGCGGACCGAACACGGGUUAUGGAAUAUAUUAAUCGACUGGAUAACUAUGACGCUCCCGACAUUGCAAAUAUAGCAAUUGGUAACGAAUUGUACGAAGAAGCCUUCGCGAUUUUCAAGAAGUUCGAUGUGAACACAUCAGCUAUUCAGGUUUUGAUUGACAAUAUUCGUAAUUUGGAUCGGGCCUACGAAUUCGCUGAACGCUGCAAUGAACCCGGUGUAUGGAGUCUCUUGGCUCGAGCGCAGCUGGACAGUGGAUUGUUGAAGGAAGCCGUAGAUUCAUAUAUUAAAGCAGAAGAUCCCAAAGAUUACAAGGAUGUCGUGCGCGUAGCCAGUGAGCUAGAAAAAUGGGAGGAUAUUGUUCGUUAUCUCCAAAUGGCACGGAAGAAGUCUCGCGAUGGAUUUGUGGAAUCCGAACUGGCUUUUGCUCUGGCGAAGACCAAUCGCCUGGCGGAUCUGGAAGAAUUCAUUUCGAGUCCAAAUCAUGCCUCUGUUCAAAUGGUUGGCGAUCGCUGUUUCGACCAUGGAAUGUACGAAGCGGCCAAAAUUCUGUACAACAACAUUUCCAACUAUGGGAAACUGGCGAUCACCCUGGUGCGUCUGGGCCAGUUCCAAGGGGCGGUUGAAGGUGCACGCAAAGCCAACAGCACCAAGACCUGGAAGGAAGUUUGCUUCGCCUGCGUGGACCAUCAGGAAUUCCGCCUGGCGCAAGUGGCUGGAUUGUACAUUGUGGUGCAUGCCGAUGAACUAGAGGAGCUGAUCAAUUACUAUCAAGACCGCGGCUACUUUGAUGAACUGAUUACUUUGCUGGAAGCGGCAUUGGGCAUGGAUCGGGCCCAUAUGGGUAUGUUCACGGAAUUAGCCAUCCUCUACUCGAAGUACAAACCAUCCAAGAUGAAAGAGCACUUGGAACUCUUCUGGUCUCGUGUCAACAUUCCCAAGGUGUUACGCGCCGCUGAACAAGCGCAUUUGUGGCACGAGUUGGUGUUUUUGUAUGACAAAUAUGAGGAGUUUGAUAAUGCCGUGGUUACCAUGAUCCAGCAUCCCACUGAAGCGUGGCGUGAAAGCCAUUUCAAGGAUAUUAUCACUAAAGUGGCGAAUAUCGAGCUGUACUAUCGAGCCAUUCAGUUUUAUCUGGAUUACAAACCGAUGCUGCUGAACGAUCUACUCAUUGUGCUGAUUCCUCGCAUGGAUCAUACCCGAGCAGUGACUUAUUUCCGCAAGGUCAAUCAUUUACCUCUAGUGAAGCCUUACCUGCGCGCGGUGCAAAAGUUGAAUAACAAGACCGUGAACGAAGCGCUGAAUGAGUUAUUUAUUGAAGAAGAGGAUUAUACGGGCUUGAAGACAUCCAUUGAUGCGUUCGACAAUUUCGACAAUAUUUCCCUGGCCCAGCGACUUGAGAAGCAUGAACUGAUUGAAUUCCGCCGAAUCGCCGCCUACUUGUACAAAGGAAACAACCGAUGGAAGCAGAGUGUGGAAUUAUGCAAAAAGGAUCGCCUGUUCAAGGAUGCCAUGGAAUAUGCCUGUGAAUCACGCAGUACCGAUUUAGCGGAAGAACUGAUCGCGUGGUUUUUGGAGCAGAAGAACUACGAAUGCUUUGCGGCUUGCUUGUACCAGUGUUAUGAUCUGCUCAGACCGGAUGUUAUCCUGGAGCUGUCCUGGCGCCAUAAGAUCAUGGACUUCGCAAUGCCUUACAUGAUUCAAGUUAUUCGUGAAUACUUAUCCAAGGUUGAUAAGUUACAAGAAUCGGAAGUGCAGAGAAGUCAGGAAGCGGAAGCUAGUGAACAGCAGAAUCGUUCACUGGGUAUGUAUCCCGAAGCUCUUAUGUUGACGGCCGGUCCCAGCGCCCUGAACAUGAUGCCCCCCUAUGCCGGUACGCCCACGGGCGGCAUGGGACCUGGCGGAAUGCCAGGAAUGGGAGGAGUAUACCAAACCCCAUUCGGUCCGACAAGUGGAUAUUACGGCCCAAUGUAAAAGUGAAAAAGCAGUGUCGUUCUUCGUGGACCCCUGCCACGCCCCGUGGUAAUAUUUAUUUGGUGCGGUGUGUUAUCGUGCGUUGUCUUAGGUUUUUGUCAUAAUUCUUGAGAAUGUUCCGAAUAUGUUCUUGUAAUCCUGAUGUUGAUCGCAUGUCUGAUGUCUCUUUAAUCUGGAGUAACUGAUUUUUGUUCACCACGAUGAGGUGUUCUCAUCUUUUGCUUUCUGACUGCUGAAAUUCCAUUUGCUGUUGGAUUACACUGAUUUUUUUCAUUUUUUGCGUAUUAAGUGCUAUUUAUAAUUUUGGCUUGUGAAUGUUGAUUAAUUUUUUAUGUCACUCAGUAAAGAUUAGCAAAUGGUUAGUGGUUGUUGUGGAGUUUUAUACAUCGUAUUAAAGCCCUAUUGAUACUGUA